GGAUAACGUUAAACAUGAAUUAGUGUGUAUCAAUGUUGUAAUUUAGUACUCUACAACCUACUUACACAAUACUCUUUUAUUUGGAGAUUUUCCGCGAGAACGUGUCAAAGUAGAAACAUAAUUUGAGAAACAUGGAUGGUGUGAUAUAUCUAGAUUACAAUGCUACAACUCCUCUUGAACCAGAAGUGGUUGAGAGUAUACAAGAUGCAUUGAAAAGUGCCUGGGGAAAUCCAAGCAGCUCACACCAUGCUGGAAAGAGUGCAAAAGCUUUGAUAGAUCAAGCAAGAGAAAAUGUUGCAAGAAUGCUGGGUGCCAAAUCAUCAGAUAUUGUCUUUACAUCAGGGGGCACAGAGGCAGACAAUAUGAUACUUCAAACAGCUGUAGAAUACUUUCACAAGGUGUGCACGAAAUCACGUACCCCAAGUAGAGAUCAUGCAAAACCUUUGCCACAUAUCAUAUCAUCACAUAUGGAGCACCCAGCUGUAAAUGUUAUGCUACAACAUCUGCAAGAUACAAGUCAAGCAGAAAUAAGCUAUGUACCACUGUGCAAGGUCACUGGAAGGUUAGAGGUCAAGGAUGUUUUGGCUGCCAUAAGGUCAAACACAAUCAUGGUUACAGUGAUGCUUGCAAACAAUGAGACAGGAAUUAUCCAGCCUGUAAAAGAAAUCAAUGAUGCUAUAAAGGCAUUAACAAGACAUCCAGGUGAAACAGAGAGAAUUUUUGUCCACACAGACGCUGCACAAGCUAUUGGCAAGAUUCCUGUAGACGUCCACGAACUUGGAGUAGACUAUCUCACUGUGGUUGGUCAUAAGGUAAGAUUAGUUUUUGCUCGGCUGUUAUAUUUGACUGAAAACACAGGAAUGAUUGCUGGUCUUGGAAAGGCUUGUGAAUUAGUGACGAAAAACCUGGCUAUGUAUCAACAACAGAUGGAAGAAUGUAGGGAUUAUUUGGAGACCAAACUACAUGAGACAUUUCCAGGGCAGCUUCAUUUCAAUGGCAAAUUGCCUGGCAGCACCAGACUACCUAACACCUGUAAUGUUUCUAUUCUUGGGGAUAAGUUGCAAGGUCAUAAUGUUUUAGCAAGGUGUCAAAGACUACAGGCCAGUGUAGGUGCAGCAUGUCAUGCACAAAAUAGACCAUCAUCUAUAUUAUUGGCUACAGGCAUUCCAGAGAGUAUUGCCAGAAAUGCUUUAAGACUUUCACUGGGCAGAAGUACAACAAAGGCAGACGUAGAUAUUGUAAUAGAAGAUUUACACCAAGCUGUGCUAGCCCUAAAUAACUCAUAGUGAUAAGAUAUAAUAUUUGUAAAAUUUUAGGUCAAGGAAAAAAUGAACUUGAGGCCGGGAAAGUGUU